AUAAGAAAGUAAGUAAAUAAUAAGUAUAAAUACAUAAAGUAUGUAAAUACCUAAAUGCAUUGGUGCAUAAAUAUUUUCUUUUCUUUCCUUUCCUGGGAAAGUACUUUUCACGUUUUUCCUCACUGUUGGCAAGUUUUAGACUUUUAUUUUGAAAUCCAUCAUGGCCGCCUCUGCAUUCGCGCAGUCUUGUUUACGCACUGUUUGCGCAUACCACUGAUUAUCCUUGCGUGACACGUCGCUUUAUAUUAUUUUUAGUUUUUAUUCGCAGUUGCAUGGUUUUGGUGUCUGAAGUGUUGAGUGUAAAUGAGUCGAGUGUUUUAGUUGCGCGAGUUUCCCAUGAUGCAUUGGGUUUGCGCGGUUUUAUUUUCACUUUCAUUCUCUCGGAUCGUGACGAGAGCGGUUUGUCGCAGCGCAGCCGAGUCUCUUUCCUGUAGGACAUGGCCGUAACGGUUCUCCUCCUGUGUUUGUUCUUCGUGUCGUCGUCUUGGACGGCGGUGACGCAAACCAGAGAAGAAAGUGAGUCCCCCCUCCCAAAAUCGACCAGCGGAGAGACGUUCCCCUGGAACAAGAUGAGGCUCCCACAGACCGUCUCUCCGUUCCAUUACUCUCUCCUCAUCCACCCCAACCUCACCAGCCUCGACUUCACCGGGAGAGUGAAGAUCCGACUGGACGUCCUCGAGGACACGCACAACAUCGUCCUCCACGCCAAGGACCUCAACAUCUCCAGGGCCGGUCUCCGGGGUUUGGCUGAAGGUCAGAGCCAGGCUCUCAAGGUGCUGGAGUAUCCGGCUUACCAGCAGAUCGCGCUGGUCAGCGAACACAUGGUGCUGAGGAGAGGAAGCGUGUACGUCAUCGAGCUGGAGUUUGCAGCCAAACUGUCCGAGAGCUUCCUUGGGUUUUAUAAAAGCACGUACCGCACUAGUGAUGGAGAGGAACGGGUGCUGGCCUCCACACAGUUUGAGCCGACGAGCGCACGAGCGGCGUUCCCCUGUUUCGACGAACCUGCAUUCAAAGCCAACUUCUCUAUUCACAUUCGCCGCGAGAGCAGACACAUCGCCAUCUCGAACAUGCCCAAGCUGAGGACGCUGCGUCUCCCGGACGGUCUGUUUGAGGAUCAGUUUGACGAGACUGUGAAGAUGAGCACGUACCUGGUGGCCUUCAUCGUGUCUGACUUCCUUUCCAUCAGCAAACACACUCAGCAUGGAGUCGAGAUCUCUGUGUACGCUGUACCUGAGAAGAUAAAGCAGGCCGAGUUCGCUCUGGACGCUGCAGUGAAGCUGCUGGACUUCUACGAUGAUUACUUCGACAUUCCCUACCCUCUGCCUAAACAAGAUCUGGCUGCAGUCCCUGACUUCCAGGCAGGUGCUAUGGAGAACUGGGGUUUGACCACAUACAGGGAGACAGCUCUGUUGUUUGACCCCCACAAGUCCUCAGCCUCUGACAAGCUGGGCAUCACCAUGAUCAUCGCACAUGAGCUCGCUCAUCAGUGGUUCGGUAAUCUGGUGACGAUGGAGUGGUGGAACGAUCUCUGGUUGAAGGAGGGCUUCGCAAAGUUCAUGGAGUUUGUGUCUGUGAACAUCACCAACCCCGAGCUGCAAGUGGAGGACUAUUUCCUUGGAAAGUGCUUCGAGGCGAUGGAGGUAGACUGUUUAAGCUCCUCUCACCCCGUAUCUAUCCCCGUGGAGAACCCGGCUCAGAUACAGGAGAUGUUCGAUGACGUGUCUUAUGAGAAGGGUGCGUGUAUCCUGCACAUGCUGAGGGAGUUCCUGAGCCCUGACAUAUUUAAGAUGGGGAUCAUUGCCUACCUGAAACGCUACAGCUACCAGAACACCGUCAACACACACCUGUGGGAGAGUCUGACCACUAAGCAGCACGCUGUAGAUGAGGUGGACGUCAAGGCGAUGAUGGAGACGUGGACACUGCAGGAAGGCUUCCCGCUCAUCACGGUGGAGGUCAGAGGUCGUGAAGUGCGUCUGAGUCAGGAGCGAUACCUGAAGGGCGAGGACUCAUCCCAAACCUUGGGAUUUCUGUGGCACGUUCCGCUGACCUAUAUCACCAGCAGCUCGAGCACAGUGCAUCGCUUCCUGCUGAAGACUAAGACAGAUGUGCUGUACCUGCCCAAGGAAGUGGACUGGAUCAAGUUUAACGUGGACAUGAGCGGAUAUUACAUCGUCCAUUACGAGGGCUCGGGCUGGGACGACCUCAUUGCCCUGCUCAAUCACAACCACACGGCUCUGAGCAGUAACGACCGGGCCAGUCUCAUCAACAACGCCUUCCAGUUGGUCAGCGUGGGGAAGCUGCCGCUGGACAAAGCUCUGGACCUGUCGCUGUAUCUGAGCCGGGAGACUGAGAUCAUGCCUGUGACGCAGGGCUUCAGUGAGCUUGUGCCACUUUACAAGCUGAUGGAGAAGAGGGACACACUGGAGGUGCUGGAGAGACAGAUGAAGAGCUACAUCGUGCACCUGUUCCACAAGCUCAUCGAUCAGCAGGUGUGGAGCGAUGAUGGAUCGGUGUCUCAGAGAAUGCUGCGCAGCUAUCUGCUCCUGUUCGCAUGUGUGAGGGAUCACCCACCCUGUAUCUCCUCCGCCAGCCAGCUCUUUAACGAGUGGAAAGAGUCUGACGGCAAAAUGAGUCUUCCUAAUGAUGUGAGCCUGGCAGUGUUUGCGGUUGGGGCUCGCACAGAAGAAGGAUGGAACUUCCUGUUUGAGAAGUAUCGUGAAACGCUCUACACUUCUCUGAAGAGCCGGAUCAAGUCGGCCCUCUCUAUCACUCCUCUCGCUCACAAACUGAAAUGGAUGAUGGAGCAGAGUUUGGAGGGCUCGGUAAUGAAGACACAGGACCUACCAUACGUCAUGGUGUCCAUCAGUAGCAACCCUAAAGGUUAUAAACAUGCAUGGGACUUCCUGAAGGCAAACUGGCACUCGCUGGUGAAGAAGUUUGACCUUGGUUCCUCCUCCAUAGCGCACAUGGUGAUGGGCGUGACCAGCCAGUACUCCACCAGGGAGAAGCUGGAGGAGAUUCGCAGCUUCUUCGGUUCGCUGAGUGCAGAGACGGGUGCGGAGCUGAGGUGCAUCCAGCAGACACUGGAGAACGUGGAGGAGAACAUCCGCUGGAUGGACAAGAACCUGCCCCUGCUGCAGGCCUGGCUGGAUAAGAACCAUCCGGAACAGCAGAAGCGCUAUGACUUGCACACUGACCUGUGAAGCUCCAAAAUCGGCCAUCGGCUCCCAACCCCACCUGAUCUCGGGUCUGAGAAGAGAGAGAUUUACAGAACACACACUGUGAAGUAAAAUGCUGAUGUGCCUUUUGCUCUUAUUUCUGAUUUCCGUCAUGGAUUUUGUCAACUGACCAUAAAUUUGAGAAGCUGCUUUAUAAAUAUAAGAAUUCUUAUUAUUCAGUACGUUUACAUGGACAACAAUAAUCCAAUAUUAACCCAAUACCCUGUAAACACACAUCGAAUUAAAACGUGGAGUAUUCCUACUAUAGUAGGUAAGUAUGUGACCAGGUAUAAUGAUUAUCUAAUCUAUACUCUGUUCUUGUACUUUUAUAAAACUAUAUAACGGACAGGUAUGAAACAUGAAUGAUGAGAACUAGGCUGUGAUAACGUAGACUAUUUUACAUAUAAAACAUCUUGCGUUUAAAAACAUUUGCAUAAGAACGAUGUAAACUGGGACGCAGUGCGCGUCUUGUUAUCCAUGACAUUGUUAAAUCUCUGGCUCUCGGCCCCUCACUGAACAGAGCAGAUGCAGAGAGAGGUGUGAGUGCAGCGGGAAAGCAAGUCCUCAUGCUUGCAGGACAGUACUGGUGAUAUUUGGAAAGUUGCUAAGGUUUGUCCAAAAAGUCACUAAACAGGUCUGAAAAGCCACUGAGUUGGCUACACUGGUCUGCACUGACAGAUAGAUAGAAGUCAAGCUAAGCUCCGCCUCACCCCAGCAAAAAGAAAAUACACAGAGUACCCAAAUGAUGCCCUGUCUGUGUUUUAUUUCUUGAAGACAAUUUGCGCCCCCAUUCCGAUCUCUCCCCUCUGUAAACUAUUGUGUAGUAUACUUAAACUACAUCUACACAAACACAUACACUGAAUGCCCAGAGCAAAAAUCUUAACCUGCUUCACGGACUUAAAGAAUGCUUUUCACUCUGUCCCCUUUUUAAUAUACACUCACUGAGCACUUUAUUAGGAACACUAGACUAAUUCUGGGUAGGGCUUCAAUACUUCGUGGCAUGGAUUCCACAAGAUGUUGGAAAUGUUCCUUUGAGAUUCUGGUCCUUGUUGACAGAAAAGCUGCACUUUUUUGCUGCAGAUCUCCCGUUCUGCCACAUCCCAAAGGUGUUCAGCUGGAUUCAUGGUGCAUUAUCGUGCUGGAAGUAGCCAUUAGAAGACGGUAAAUUGUGGCAAGUGUUCAGUAACAAUACUCAACUAGGCUGUAGCAUUCGAGCGAUGAUUGAUUUGUAUUCAAGGGCCCAAAGUGUACCAAGAAAAAACAUUCCCCACACCAUUACACCACCUCCACCAGCCUGGACAGUCGACGCAAGGCAAGUGGGUCCGUGGAUUCAUACUGUUGUGUGUGAAUAUCCCAGGAGAUUAGCAUUCAUAUACUCACACUGGCCCAGUCUGGCACCAACAAUCAUGCCAGGGUCAAAAUCACCAAGAUCACAUUAACAUCCGAAGCUGCAUGAUGUUAUACUGCCACACGAUUAGACUAGAUUAGGCUGAUUAGAUAACUGCAUGCAGGUGUUCCUAACAAAGUGCUCAGUAAGUGUAAAUAUUCCAUCAUCACCAGUUAUAGUGUCCUUCCUCUAUAACAGUUCAAUUAAUGCUGAUUUAAUUAAACCCAUAACACCACAAAGCCCCGCCCACACUGUUUGACUGACAGCUGCACCUCACACACAGUAAACAUGUAAACAGGAUCUCAGAGGUGUUUCAUUUCUGGGUGAGAAGUGUGACGAUAAGAAAAGUUGAACAGGAAUUACUUCCUGUUAAACAAAACUUUGACCAUACAGCAGAAUCAGACCAGGUUAAUGUUAGGAAUGAAGUGUUUUAAUUUACACAGCACUUCAUAAAUAAACACGGGGGGAAACGUACAAACUGCACAUGAACUACUGAAUGAACAAUUUCGUAACUAGUAUAAAUAAAGUCGGGAACAUGCUGUAUAACGAGUUCCAUCUUUCAGUUACUCACCUGAGCGUCGGUACAGGUGUUAGCAUUGUUACUGUAACGGGUAUGGGAAACAUUUCAUAAAUUUAACAUGUAGAAUUACACAAAAAGGAGAUGUGUACCUGGUGUGACUGACUGUGUGAGUGCUUUCCCUUUUGGUUGUCAUGUCAUUGGUUUGUGUAAUUUCCUGUUUUGACUCCUCCUCUUCCCUUUCGUGUUAUGGUUGAAUGGGAGAGGUAGGUUUAAUUUUGAGUUUUCAGUAAUCUUGUUUCAUCUUUAUUUAAAUCAUCGUUUAUAUACUUAUGUACUUAUUUUAAUUUGCGUGUAUCUUGCUAUUUUAUUUAUCUGUGUGAUUAUUUUUGUUGUUUUACCCUUCUUUUGAGUGAUUUUUUUUGUGUUUAGUUUCAACAUGUGCUCCCCCCCUUUCGUGUUAUGGUUGAAUGGGAGAGAAUAAACGAAGAGUCGACCCAGUUA